GCGGAGGACGAAGAGCAGAGAGCCGACAGACAGGCAGACAGACAGAGUCGCAGCUCUUUGGACCCGCAACAAACAGCGCAAACAGCCGCUUUGAUAUCACAUUUGUUAUCCACGAUUACUGACGCUCGGUUUGAGGAUUUACACUCAACUCUCGGUGUUUGAUUUGGAUGGUUUUUCCUCCAUUGUUUGUCGAAGUUUCCGACUGUCACGUCUUAGUUACGGACCUUUAUCUCGACUGUCUGUGGGAUUAAUCGUUUUUAAUUCAACACUAAAUAAUUGGACACUUAUCUACUUUGUGCGUAAAGCUGUCAUUGUUUCCUGUGGAGUGUUUUUUCUAACGGAGCAGUAACCGUGAAGGCAACAUUUGGACCUGCCUUCGCCAUGGGGAAAUAGCGGGGGACCUCUCUGUAAACGACCCCGUAUUUUUGACUUUUUCAUGAUCAUUUUUAAAAGACGAGAGCUCAGUCUUUGACUAAAACAAUGAGCAUGGAUGGUUGUCCGCUGAAAGUGGUGAUUUUUUUGUGGUGUCUGCUGGUGAUUUCUGGCUCCAGCUUUGAGAUAGGCUCCUACGACCUGGAGCGAGGCAGACCGGCCAAGUGCGAGCCCAUCGUGAUCCCCAUGUGCGAGGGGAUCGGCUACAACCUGACCCGGAUGCCCAACUUCAUGGACCACGACGACCAGAAGGAGGCUGCCAUCAAGCUGAACGAGUUUGCCCCUCUGGUGGCUUAUGGCUGUGAUAUACACCUCCGCUUCUUCCUCUGCUCCCUCUAUGCCCCCAUGUGCACGGACAAAGUGUCGACCUCCAUCCCUGCCUGCAGACCCAUGUGUGAGCAGGCCAGGGAGAGGUGUGCCCCCAUCAUGAAGAAGUUCAGCUACACCUGGCCGGACUCGCUCGACUGCUCCAAGCUGCCUACCAGAAACGACCCCAACGCCCUGUGCAUGGAGGCCCCCGAGAAUGAAACCAGGACGGAGGUCAAGAAAGGCGAAGGCAUGCUUCCCGUGCCCCCUCGCCCCAGGCAGCCGGGCACCAGCAGCGGCCGCUCUCCAGGCAGCUUGGGCUCCUGUGAGAACCAAGACAAGUUCCAGUUUGUGGAGAAGAGCCAGUCGUGUGCGCCGCGCUGCUCCCCUGCUGUGGACGUCUUCUGGUCCAGGCAGGACAAAGACUUUGCCUUCAUUUGGAUGACAGUGUGGUCCAUCCUGUGCUUUGUCUCCACCGCCUUCACCGUCCUCACCUUCCUCCUGGAGCCUCACCGCUUCCAGUACCCCGAGCGCCCAAUCAUCUUCCUCUCCAUGUGUUACAACGUCUACUCUGUAGCCUUUAUCAUCCGCUCGGUAGCCGGGGCUGAGAACAUCGCAUGCGACCGGGAGAACGGAGAAUUGUACAUCAUCCAGGAAGGGCUGGAGUCGACAGGCUGCACCAUCGUCUUCCUCAUCCUCUACUACUUUGGCAUGGCCUCUUCAAUCUGGUGGGUCAUCCUCACCCUCACCUGGUUCCUGGCUGCAGGGAAGAAGUGGGGCCACGAGGCCAUCGAAGCCCACAGCAACUACUUCCACAUGGCUGCGUGGGGCAUCCCCGCUCUGAAAACCAUCAUCAUCCUCACAAUGAGGAAGGUGGCUGGAGAUGAGCUGACGGGGCUCUGCUACGUGGGGAGCAUGGACUCCGGGGCGCUCACGGGCUUCGUCCUCAUCCCUCUAUCCUGCUACCUGAUCAUCGGCACCUCCUUCAUCCUCACGGGCUUCGUGGCUCUCUUCCACAUUCGGAAAGUGAUGAAGACGGAGGGCACCAACACAGAGAAGCUGGAGAAGCUCAUGGUGAAAAUCGGCAUCUACUCCAUCCUUUACACGGUGCCAGCCACCUGCGUCAUAGUCUGCUACUUCUACGAGAGGCUAAACAUGGACUACUGGAAGGUGAGGGGGCUGCAGAUAAAGUGCGGGUCCUUCAAUGGUCUCAGCAGCGACUGCUCGCUGCACACUUCCGUGCCCACGGUGGCCGUGUUCAUGCUGAAGAUCUUCAUGUCGCUGGUGGUCGGUAUCACAAGCGGCGUGUGGGUGUGGAGUUCUAAGACCCUGCAGACCUGGCAGGGCCUGUGCAGCCGGAAGCUCACAGACAGGACUAGAAGUAGAAAACCCUGCAGCGGCGUCAGCUGCGGCAACACACACUGCCACUACAAAUCUCCUGCUGUGGUUCUGCACAUGGCCAAGACUGACCUGCACUCAGACAACCCUACACAUGUCUGAGAGGGAACAUGACACACACACACACACACACACACACUGUCAAAUGCAACCACAUACACUCACAAACACACACGCACACACCUAUGCCCUUAGUAAGGAGCUGCUAAAGACUUUGUAAGAAGAUGAGUGGGUCAUUUGCUGCUCUGCUGCUGCCGAGGGACACACAGGUACAGGCGUCACUAUGAGAAACUAUCUAUAAACAGUAUUCAAUGCAUAAAGGGAAAUGUUCAGUAUUGUUACCCAUAUUUUUCUGUUUCAUAGUGUUCUGUGCAGUAGUCAUGCCCAGUGUUUCAAAGCAAAAAAGACUGUUAUGGGAAGUAUCUUGGGAAAUAUUCUCCUCCCUGAAGGUGGCAUGAUAAGCUGUAUAAAUCUGUAUAAAUGUUUUAUUUAUUGUAAAUAUAUUUAAUUUAAAGUUGGCUCUUAUCAGAUGUGUUGUUUAGAUGCAUUUAUUAAAAGGUAAAGGGAAAUGAAGUGCCUUUUAUAAGAACUCCGGUUCUGGCCUUUUUGGAGGAUAAUAAAUUUGUGGAAUUCCAGUUCAACUUGCUGCCUGGUGUUAUUGUGUGUAACUAUCUCACAGUAGCUUAUAAUGCAUAUUUAACUAUUUUAACAGUCUUAAACGGUUACAGAUUUAAUAGUCACAAAUGAUUGCUCAAUUCAGUUUUGUUUUCCUGAUUUGUUUCUGCCAUUCUUCUCCGGGGAUUCACACAUACUUUUUUUUACAGCGGGGCUCCCUGCCAAAUGUGUUGUCUUUCAAGUGCAUGCUACUCAUCCCAGAGGCGUCCCCAACAAUAAUCCUCAAAGAGAAUUACUGAUGAAUAGAAUGGCAAACUGUGGCAAGUAUUAAUGUUUGCAUCACCGUCUUAAAAAAAGUGCAGGAGCGGAGGAAUAUUUUAAUUAAUGGCUGUUUUUAAUCCUUCCACAAAAUCAUUGUUGUUGCCCUCUUGCUGCUUUAUUUGAUCCCUGUGCAAACACUCAGCACUUUGAUCUGAGAGGACAAAUCUCUAAUGGAUUUCAGCCUUAUUGCAUGGUUUCACUGGCAGAUUUAAGUUUAGCACAUGCACUCAAACUUGUGGUUGUUCAUUGAGUAGAUGUAUUUUUCACUUAAUAUUUAAGUUUAUAUGUGGAUUGUGGCUUUGGAAUCUGUAUUUCUGGUAUAAAUUAAGGGAAUGUUAAAGAUCCAAAUUCCCCAUGUUUAAAUGUUUGAGUUUGAUAUACUGCGAGGCUAAAGAAACAAUGCCACUACCAUCAGGUAUGAAUAAUACCUGACUGAUUCAGAGAAAUGUGCAUUAUUUUCAUUUAAUAAAUACCCGAAGUUGAG